AUGUCGCAUUCUGUCAUUGCCGGCACUUUGAAAGUAUACCUGGCCGCAGUCAGAUACAACCUCCUCUGCAGGGGAGGACCUGUCGAAGUCCUUGCAUCAAGCCGGCUCACCGCUCUGGUGAAAGGCCUGGAGAGAGAACGCGCAUCGCUCCCACGGCACGCAACUGCCCAGCCUCGGAGACAGGCUAUCACCGCCGUACAACUCAAGGCACUACAUCUUUUCCUGCAGCGUUCCGCUUAUAGCCCUGGCGACACGCUCAUGCUAUGGGCCGCAUUGACGACAGCAUUCCAUGGUCUGCUGCGAGGUAGCGAGUACACGUCCCCGUCGCCAGCAGGGUCGGGUACCCUGAAAACUCUCAGGCGCGCUCACCUCGUGCUCUCUCAGGCCACAGCCAGCUUACGGCUUCAACGCACGAAGACAUCGCAGCUGACAAGCGGUGGCGAGGUUGUGCUGCAUCGCCAUGCAGACCCGCAAAUAUGCCCCGUCCUGGCCCUCGAGGCAUACGUCAGAUCAUGCGCAUGGGGUAGUGACGAACAACCUCUCUUCAAGUUCGGCAAUGGACGAUGGCUCACGCCCAAUGACAUCAAGGUAGUGUUGCGCAGGGUUCUGGGCCCCAGCUACAGUAGCCACUCCCUCCGUGCAGGUGGCGCAACGCACAUGGCGAACCAAGGUGCCCCGGAGUAUGCCUUGAUGGCAGCCGGGCGGUGGUCCAGCGGAGCUUACCGCACGUACGUUCGCAGGCCUGCAGGCAUGCCGCGGCGUUACUGA